CAAAGAGUUAAGAAUUAUACCUAAUUUAAUAUAACUUAAACUAAAUUUUUCAAGGGUUUAAAAUUCAAUAGAUGUGGCAACUCUUUCGAUCAGCUGUUUCCCCAAAGCGGCAAAAGAUUUGUUUACAAAAUAUUGUGAAACUAGAAAGUAUUUAAAAAUAAUUCUUUAACAAAAUGGAAACUUUUGUCGUUAAGUUAAUUCAUCGGACUCAACUGUCACACAGUCAGAGGGACAUAAAACCCUUUAUUUAUGCGCGGAGUUGUUGGCUGGAUGACGAGGCCGAGUUUGAUUUUCUUUCCACGAGCAACAGUCAAAACUAUCGAGGCGUUCUCAAAUACGAGGAGAUUAAAAAUGCAGCCAGUGAUUUGGAGCAACCAUACAAAGAUUUCUUUGAUGAGUGCAAGAAGGCCUUGACCACCCACAUGGGGCUGCAGGGAUUCGACUACGAGAUUGACGAUGAAAGCAACAAUCAACAGGUUUUCAAGAUGUUCAAGUGCGAAGGAUACGAGACGCUGUAUCUAGAGAUUAACCUUCGAAAGGUCUCCAACUGCUUUCAACUACUCGAUUCAGCAAUAGAAAUCAGCCAGCAGAAAGUUCCUGAAGCACCAGCAUCACAAACCAGCGGCAGUCAAAGUAAAGCCCCAAGUUAUUCAGAGUACGAACAGUAUGUAAAGGAUUCCAAGGCCAAGGAAGCUGAGAUGCUUCAAAAGUUUCUGGUGCUCUUAAACAGCAAAAAGGCAUACAUCAGGGAUCUAGAGAGUCAGCUGGAGAAGGCAACCAAGCACAAUCAAAAAAGUUCAGAUGAUGAGGAGGAAGAAGUCUAUGGAGCUGCCACGCAAGCCAUGGAACUAGACACCAUCGCAAAAUAAAGAAAUUACUUUAUAGGUUUUGUUUCUAACUAAGAUGUAUUGAAACCACAAGUAUCCGGUAUGUGCUUGAAAUGUAUUUGUUUUUAGUUUCUUUUUUACGAUCGUUCGAUUGUUGUAAAAUAAAUUAUCUUUAUAAAGUAUGUAUAUAUGUAUAAAUAAACAACAAAUAGACAUUACAACGUAAUACAUAAAAUUACCAUCAAUAUGAAUAAAAUUACAAUUAGACAAACAGAA